AAUCAAAAGUUUGUGAUUUCCCUCCAAAUCUUUCAAACUCAAAACGCUCCAUGUCUCUCCAUCUCUCUCGUCUCACUAUUUAUUCUGAUCAUGAGAGCACUUUCAUUCCCACCUCUCUUCUUCCCUCCCAAAAAUUUAAAUCCCUUCUCUUUGUGUAACCCUAAAUCCAUGGCUUCUUUCAAGCCCUCAAUUCCCUUGACCAGCGAUUCUGCUGCCUCUGUCCCGUCCCCCCACACCUCCGGUGAGGUACAUGUUAUCAUGGGCCCCAUGUUCGCCGGCAAAACCACCGCCCUCCUUCGUCGGAUCAAGUCCGAGGGCAACAACGGCAGAAAUGUGGCAAUGAUAAAAUCCAGUAAGGAUACGAGAUAUGCUAUCGAUUCGGUUGUGACGCAUGAUGGGGCAAAGUUUCCGUGCUGGGCGCUGCCCGAUCUGUUGUCGUUUAGGCAAAAUUUUGGAGGAGAGGCUUAUGAGAAGCUUGAUGUCAUCGGUAUUGAUGAGGCUCAGUUUUUCGAGGAUCUAUAUGAUUUCUGCUGCAUGGCUGCUGAUCAUGAUGGAAAAACUAUUAUUGUUGCAGGCCUGGAUGGUGAUUACUUGAGGAGGAGUUUUGGCUCAGUGCUUGAAAUAAUACCUCUGGCUGAUACUGUGACCAAGUUGACGGCUCGAUGUGAACUCUGUGGCAAACGAGCUUUCUUUACCCUGAGGAAGACAGAAGAGACACGAACCGAACUGAUUGCUGGGGCUGAUGUCUACAUGCCUGUCUGUCGCCAACACUAUGUCAAUGGACAAGUUCUCAUGAAAGCUGCAAGAACUGUUGUGGAGUCUCAUAAAUUUAAGAGUGACACCUUUCCUGAAGUAGCUGCAGUUGUUUAGUAACAAUAGUAUAUCUUUCACAGCCUAUUAUGUCUUUGUGUUUGCUAUGUAUUGUAAUCAGGCAAUGAUUCAGCUUAUUGCCUGCUUUUGUAAUCUAAAUAUGGGCGAUUUGGACCUAACUUGGAGUGUACUUUGUUGCAUCUCUUUUCAUUAUGUUAAUAGACUGAAGUUCGCUUUACAAAACCGCUUCUGUAGGUGUAAGUAUCAAUCAAAAUCUUAACAAGAAAUCGUGUUAUUUCUUACAAA